AUGGGUACUACUAUAAGUAAAAGAAAAAGUAAUUCAGAUAAAAACUCAAAAAAUAAGUCUUCUGAGAAAAAAAAACAAAAAAAAAAGGAAGAAAAUGAUUCAAACAUAGAAUUUAUAAAAAAAUAUAAAAUAAUUAAUAAAAUUGGAGAUGGUAAUUUUUCAAAAGUGUUCUGUUGUAGAGGAGAUAAUAAAAAAAAAUGUGCAAUGAAACUAAUGUGUUGCCCUUUAAAGAAAACAGCUCAUUAUAACUGCUUUAAAAGGGAAUUAUUUAUAAUGAAAACAUUAAAUAAUAAAUAUCCGUAUAUAGUUAAAAUACUUGAUUAUCAUGAAAAAAUAUGGAAAAAAUAUUAUAUAGUUAAAUUAAUAUUAGAAUAUUGUGAGGGAGGUAGUUUAUUUGAAUUUAUAAAAAUUAAUGGAAGUUGUGCUCAUUCAGAUGCAAGAAUUAUAAUUAUUAAAUUAACAAAAGCAAUACAAUAUAUUAAUUCAUUAAAGAUUAUGCAUAGAGAUAUUAAGCCAGAAAACAUUUUGUUAAGAACAAAAGACAAUGUAAAAAGUGUAGUAUUAUCAGAUUUUGGUUUAGCAAAAAUAACUCCAUCAAAUCAAACUGUUGUAAAAAGUAGAUCUGUUUGUGGUAGUGAUUUUUAUUUAGCUCCAGAAAUAAUAAAAAAUAAAGAAUAUGGAAUAAAAAUUGAUAUAUGGAGUUUAGGUGUUCUAAUUUUUUUUAUAGUAACUGGAAAGGUUCCAUUCACCGGAAGAAAUGCAAAUGAAUUAUAUAACAACAUUCUUAAAGCAAAUAUACCUGAACUAUUGUCAAAAGAAAAAUCCUUGAAUGUACAACCAGGAUUAAAAAAUUUAUUAGAAAAUAUUUUAGUUCAUGAUCCAGAUAAAAGAUUUAGUUGUUCAGAUAUUCUAAAUCAUCGCUGGAUAAGAGGUACACUUUCAAGUUAUGAAUUCAAGAUCUUUAAUUCCUCUUCUUCAUUGAAGAGAUUGAAAUUAGAUAAAAAAAGAAAUAGUUACGAUGAAAAUGAUAAAAAUGACAAAACAAAAGAUAAAACAUGUGAAAAUGAAAAAGAAUCAUUUGCCUUAAUGAAAAAAAAAUACAAUUUUUUUUUAAAAAAAAUAACAAAUUAA